AGCGAGCACGCUUCCGGUCGGAAGCUUGCGGCGCGGCUGCAGAAGCGUUCCAGAUUCCUAUGGGGGCGUCGGGCGUGGGGCUGGUGGAUUGUCACUGUCACCUCUCGGACCCGGACUUCGAUAGCGAUCUGGAGGAUGUGUUGGAGAAAGCCAAGAAGGCCAACAUUGUGGCCCUUGUGGCAGUUGCUGAACAUUCAGGAGAAUUUGAAAAGAUUAUUCAACUUUCAGAAAGGUACAGUGGGUUCAUUUUGCCCUGCCUAGGUGUUCAUCCAGUGCAGGGGCUUUCACCAGAAGACCAAAGAAGUGUCACAUUAAAGGAUCUGGAUGCAGCUUUGCCUGUUAUUGAAAAUUACAAGGAUCAGUUGUUAGCAAUUGGAGAGGUUGGACUAGAUUUCUCUCCCAGAUUUGCUGGCACUGAUGAACAGAAGGAAGAGCAAAGACAAGUCCUAAUCAGACAGAUCCAACUAGCCAAGAGACUAAACUUGCCUUUAAAUGUUCACUCACGCUCUGCUGGGAGACCUACCAUCAACCUCUUACGUGAGCAAGGUGCCGACAAGGUACUGCUGCAUGCAUUUGACGGUCGACCUUCUGUAGCCAUGGAGGGUGUAAAAGCUGGGUACUUCUUCUCGAUUCCACCAUCUAUCAUAAGGAGUGGACAGAAGCAGAAACUUGUGAAACAGUUACCUUUGACAUCCAUCUGCUUAGAAACAGAUUCACCUGCCCUAGGACCGGAAAAACAGGUACGAAAUGAACCCUGCAACAUUUCCAUUUCUGCAGAAUAUAUUGCUCAAGUGAAAGGGGUCUCGGUGGAAGAAGUUACCCGAGCGACCACACAGAACGCACUGAAACUGUUUCCCAAGCUGCAGCAUCUACUCCAGGAAGAGCAUCAAAGCUGUGCAUUGCAGAGCUAAGUCAAGGGGGGGGGGGAGGACAGCAUUUAAGGAAAAGAAAUAUUCUGAUUAAGAACCUGAACUGUACAUCAGGAUAGAGAAGUAUUCUUAGAAAUAAAGGUAAGGGGGAAGGGAAAUAACCCUGGGCUUGGGUCCUGAAACUAGGCCAGGUUCUGAUUCUACCCCUGUGCUGCUUUUCUGUUCCCAAAUCCUGGCAGGAGAUUAGGGAAAUGGUACUUGAUGCUUCUUGCCUUGCCCCUCUUUGGGGACCAGGAAUUGUACAUUGACAUAGGAUUUAUCCUAGUUUCUCCGCGUCCUGCCUGCCUUGUGGGCCACUUUUGGAAUGCAGAAAUCACCUUCCUCUGGUCAAAGAGAUUAGCACCCCGGGGUAGGGAUGGAUCUUAGCUUGCUUCUGUUAUGAUGUGAAACUUGCGAGUUCUACCACAGCCUCUAGGCUGUUCCAGGAAAAGCACACCCCCUCCCAACACACACACAUUGGCUAAUAAAUAGUGGCUAGUUUCGUGUCUUUGUCUCUGCCUGUCCUGAAGCAUUGACCUCCCAGCUACACAUCAUACAUUACUAAGUUUGUCUCAAUUUCUUGAAUUUCAUCCUUUGGAAUGUCCCUCAUGGAGGCAGUUGGGAAUCUUGGCCGGGUCUCCAAUACCCCUCAAAAUAGAACUGAACUGAAGCCAGUUGCUUCUAGGAAAGGGAGCUCCCACAGGCCAGGGCCCGCUCUGCUGUCAUGAGGAGUGAGGAGGCUGCGGUGUGGUCCUGCGCGUGGGUUGUACUUACUUGCAUAGGAUUGAACCAGUACAUGCAGUGCAUCGACAGUGGCGCCUUAGUUCAUGAAUGCUUUUGUUUACAAACUGAAUAUUGGGCGAGGAGCAUGAGCAAGGCCAUCUUUUCCGCACAAACACGAUCAUGGCCAUCUUUUCCAGAAUUCUGGAACAAAUUAAGUUCAUGAACUGAGGUACCACUGUAGUUUCUUACACUAUCAGAAAUCUCUUCUGAAUUUGUCUUUAAGGAAAAAAUAUACAAGGUUUUUACUCUGAUGUUAGAUUUUGAAUUAGGAGGCUAUUCUAAAUAAUCAUUAUUAAAUACCAGACCAAAAAAUUUAGUUAAUAAACUGAUUUUUAAGUUCCA